AUGGGCAGCUCCCCGGGCCCUGACAUUGGGGAGCUCUUCUGCUUAGCGCUCCCCCCUGCCGGCCUCUCCUCCACAGCUGCUGUGCUGGGAAGAAGACGGGCCAUUCGCUCCCUCUCCUCUGCCUGGAACCUGGGAUCUUCUUUCCGGGGACAAAAGUCUCUGGCGCUGGCUGUUGGGGGCUUGACGGCGGCUCGGGUAAUGGGAGGGAGGAGGGCCGGGGUCCCGGACAGCGGGGCGGGGCGAGGAGGGGCGCGGAGGGGCGCGGAGGGGCCGGCCGGGCUGCGGGGCAGGGAGCGGGCCGUGCCCCCCACUUCGGAGGGCCCCUGCGGACACGGGGGGCGGCGGGCAGGGGGCGCUGCGGCGGGCACGGGCGUGCCGGUUGCCGUGGCGACGGCGCCGCGCGAGCCCCCUCCCUCGCUGGCGCCCCGGGAGGCGCGGGGCAGCGGGCGGCGGGCGGCGGGCGGGAGGCGGGAGGCGGCGCCGCGCGGGGGCCGGGCCGCGGCCGGGCGGGCUCGGAGCCCUGAGGGGAGCGAGACCCCGCGAACGGCUGGGCCCCGCGGCCGCACGCCGCCCCCCGCACCCCGCACCCCGCCCCCCGCACCCCUUCCGCCCGGCCCCGGACUCGAUCCCCGGAAUGCAGAGGUAGGGGCGCGGGCAGGCCAGCCCGGUGCCCGGAGCGCCCCCGCCCCACUCCCCUGCCUGGGCGGAGGGGUCCGCUGUGCCCGCUCCCCCAGCCGGCCGGAGUGGGCAGCAUGGAGGGUGAGUGAGCCCCCGGGGCUGGGGCUGCGGGGGGCUGGGAGUGGGAGCGGGUCGGGCACGGACUCCCCAGCGGAUCCUGACCUGUAUGCUCCUUUGCUUCUAGGGGAGCCCUCCCAGCCUCCUAACAGCAGCUGGCCCCCAAGCCAGAAUGGGAGUCAUACCAAGGCCACGCCUACAGUAAACCUCACCUUCUCCUCCUACUACCAGCACUCCUCACCAGUGGCAGCCAUGUUCAUUGUGGCCUAUGUGCUCAUCUUCCUCCUCUGCAUGGUGGGCAACGCCCUGGUCUGCUUCAUUGUGCUCAAGAACCGGCACAUGCGCACCGUCACCAACAUGUUCAUUCUCAACCUGGCUGUCAGUGACCUGCUGGUGGGCAUCUUCUGCAUGCCCACUACUCUCGUGGACAACCUCAUCACUGGGUGGCCCUUUGACAACGCCACAUGCAAGAUGAGCGGCUUGGUGCAGGGCAUGUCUGUGUCGGCUUCCGUGUUCACACUGGUGGCCAUUGCUGUGGAAAGGUUCCGCUGCAUCGUGCACCCUUUCCGCGAGAAGCUGACGCUGCGCAAGGCGCUGGUCACCAUCGCGGUCAUCUGGGCGCUGGCCCUGCUCAUCAUGUGCCCCUCGGCCGUCACGCUGACCGUCACGCGCCAGGAGCACCACUUCAUGGUGGACGCCCGCAACCGCUCCUACCCGCUCUACUCGUGCUGGGAGGCCUGGCCCGAGAAGGGCAUGCGCAGGGUCUACACCACCGUGCUCUUCUCGCACAUCUACCUGGCGCCGCUGGCGCUCAUCGUGCUCAUGUACGCGCGCAUCGCCCGCAAGCUGUGCAAGGCGUCGGGGCCCGCGCGGCCGGGCGGGGAGGCGGCGCCCGGGGGGGGCCGGGGGGCCCGGCGCCGCGCGCGGGUGGUGCACAUGCUGGUCGUGGUGGCGCUGGUCUUCACGCUGUCCUGGCUGCCGCUCUGGGCGCUGCUGCUGCUCACCGACUACGGCCAGCUCAGCGAGCCGCAGCUGCACCUGGUCACCGUCUACGCCUUCCCGUUGGCGCACUGGCUGGCCUUCUGCAACAGCAGCGCCAACCCCGUCAUCUACGGCUACUUCAACGAGAACUUCCGCCGCGGCUUCCAGGCCGCCUUCCGCGCGCAGCUCUGCCCGUGCCCGCCGCAGGGGGCGCGCCCCAGGGAGGCCUACUCGGAGCGGCCCGGGGGGCUCCUGCGCGCCCCGCCCUCCCUGGAGGUGCCGCCCAGCGACUCGGGCCAGAGCAGCGGGGCGCCCCGGCCCGGCCGCCUCCCGCUGCGCGGUGGCCGGGUGGCCCACCACGGCGUGGCCGGGGAGGGCCCUGGCUGCGGCCAGCUGCCCGUCACCAUCCCCGCGUGGGAUAUCUGAGCGGCACCCGGACGGGCCUGGA